CAUGGGACUAUAGAAAGCAAAGAGACAGCGGUGUAGUGUUGGUCGAUUUUGUUUCAACUCUCCACGCCUCCCACAGUUUCCUAUGUUAAGUGAUUGUCUUGUUUCCACACACUGAUCUGAUUGCACUUCAGGCACGAGACAGCAUGACUAGCGGAUACAACGACGCGACACCUGAAGAGGAAUACACGCACUCGCCGUUCAUUAGGAAACAGGGCAACAUUUACAAACCCAAAAAUAAAGAAAUGGAUAACGACAGCUUCAACGAAAAGACCCUCCAUGAUGUCCACACCAAGGAGAUUGACCUGGUCAACCGGGAUCCAAAGCAUUUAAAUGACGAGGUGGUUAAGGUGGACUUUGAAGAUGUCAUCGCCGAGCCUGCCGGCACCUACAGCUUCGACGGCGUUUGGAAAGCAAGCUUCACCACCUUCACAGUAACCAAAUACUGGUGCUACAGGCUGCUUACGGCAUUGGUUGGCAUCCCGCUCGCCCUGGUGUGGGGCAUCUUCUUUGCCAUCCUGUCUUUCAUUCACAUCUGGGCUGUGGUGCCGUGCGUGAAGAGCUACCUAAUCGAGAUCCACUGUGUCAGUCGAGUCUACUCCAUCUGUGUGCACACCUUCUGCGACCCGCUAUUCGAAGCCAUGGGGAAGUGCUUCAGCAGUGUCCGGAUCAGCACCACCAAGGUGGUCUAGAAACUGGGAAUGGGAGACAUCCAGAGGGAUAGGGUGGGAGCAGGCAGUGGAAACCAAUGUUCAACACGAGAAGAUAAAACAUAGAAAUAAUUCUCUUUAAUACAGAGAGUGAAAUAAAAGUGAAGAGGUGCACUGUUUUUAGGUGGUCAUUAGAGGAACAGUGAGUCUUUGCUUUGGAUUCCUUGGGAUGUAGGAUCUGUUUUUUUUUUAUUGUACAUUUUCACAAAGUUUUCAAAAGCAAAUAAUUAAAAACAAUGUCCUUGUAUUUUCCCUUUUUUGUUUGUCAUUGUAGGAAACACCAUUUUAAGAUCUGCCUGUUGGGACAAGGCUGUGAAUUAGUCGUUUUUGUGUCCCCUUUCCUUUCUUUGUGUAUACACUUUUUUAUAGUUUUGUGUUGAAUAAUCUAAUAAUUUAGUUAUGAUGACCUUAUUUGUGGUCUUCACUGGGGACGUAAUCCAAAGUAUUUUAUUUUUUUAUAUUUUCAUUUUGGAGAAAAAGUAGGCGUGGCCCUGCUGAUAUCAAGACUGCCCAUCACACUGCAUGCUGCCACUGAAAACGGUGGAUGAGCUGCUAAACCCUUUGUCAACGCAGCAAAUAUAAACAAAGGGACUGUUCCUGACUCGGUGACACAUAACGCUUCACACUAGUCAUCAUGGCAUCAGCUUUUUGAGUGGCAGAGAACGUAUUUACAACAUCCAGAGACGUAAACCUAGCUUGAUCUUUCAGCAGUUUCAAGCAGAUGAUUGAACUUUUAACAUUGAACAUUACAACAGCUUUAUACCUAAACAUACACUUGCCAUCGUUGAAGAUGAAGUUUUUUUGUUGUUUCUGCAUUAUGAAGUGACAUCAUUUGGUUUGGAAUUUUGCAAACAAACCUGUCUGCUUUUCUCUGUGUUCACUGUUGGACACACACACACAUACAGUACAUAGACACAUACUGUACACACACACACAUUUGCAAAUACUUGCAGCAAACUAAAGUUUCCAGCCCCAGAGGCUACUGCUGAAGUAAAGUGGGGUGUAGUAUUUUUAUUGACAUUAAGCUCACUUUCGACACCUUUUUGUCUAGUUGCUUUGACUUAACCACCUCCUUGUCUACCUGCUGUGUUAGUGCCCAUUGCGAUGCUAUUGAUUCUGCCUCUUUAGAUUAGAUAUUUUUAUUCAUAUUUUUAUAUGAAAAAUGAAAUUCUCUUUCCUUUGCUUUUACUGUAAAAUCACAUCAUGCUGUGCACAUUAAAGAAAAUGUAAUAUAAACCUA